AUGAAGAGAAUUGUCUCCGUAUUACUUCUAAGCACACUACUCAUUUCAGGUCAUGCCGCACGCGAUGUUAAGUGCGGACAGUUACCCUACCAGGGUUUCCUUAGCAUCGGCAGAACGGCGACUUGUGGUGCCGUCAUUUAUGCUUUAACGGCGUUGACCUGCUGACACUCCUCUGGCAGUCGUGAUUGGCCACCACAGCUCUUCACAGUCACCGCAGGUACUGUGGUACUCUACAGAGACGGUUGAAAGAUUGUUAUCGACGAAAUCACUAAUCCCAACAACAGUAGUCUCGACAUAGGCAUUGCAUUGCUAAAACUCCAAGAACCCUUGUUCUUAUCUGACAAAAUUCAAUCCUUUCCACUGGUCCGGGUGAAACCACCCAUAAAUGUUGAGGUGGAGAUUUCCGAUUGGGAUCGCAUUAAACAAACCGAAGAGAAUUUACAAGUAUACCGCACAUUACUUAUCAAUCAUGUUUCGGACAAGGUAGAUGAGCAAGUGCUUUUGACCUCACAUAAAAGUGGUAUUUGUCGUGGAGACUUUGGCGGUUUGGCUGUGUAGUGUGCGUAUGUGUUAGGAGAUUGUGGAAGCACGUUGUCCGAUGCCAUUGUUAGCAUUGCAAGCAACUACGACUGGAUACAGAUGCAAAUUGCAGCGUAAUCAUUCUUUUAGAAGAGGUCAGAGGCUGGAUGUACUACAAAAAUCAACAAAAGCAGUAACCUUAAUAAUAUUUAUUUUCACCUCAUUACAACAAUAUGUUGAUCGAAGUGAAUAUAAUUCAUAAGUAAAGAGAACUGAUGAGUUUUUUUACGAAAAAAUUUCCAGAAUAUUUCUAAAGUAUUUGAAGCGUAUCGAAAGUUUGAUUUAACAGAAUAUAUGGCAACAAAACCAAACGCCGCCGAAUAUAAGACGCACUCAAGCGUUUCUUCUACAAGUAUAUU